AUCAUAAAAUGAUGUUUCUCCUCCAGCUGUGUGUGACAAAAGAAAAAUGGACAGCAGCAGUUCAUCCAAUUCCCCCAUCGAGAGCUCCUCAAACUGCCACUUCACCAUCCCAAAGGGCCACCGGUUUGUCCGAGUCCUGGGACAAGGCGGCUACGGGACAGUGCUGGCAUGUGUGAACGAGGAACGUGAGGAGCCCGUAGCAGUAAAGGUUUUUCCAGAGAGUCUUUCCAGACAUGCACAAUGGGAGGCUCGUAUCAUGAAAACCCUCAUGCAGUACGAUCUGGACUCCUCCAACAUCGUCAGAUAUCAGGGGAAAUAUUCUGACUUGGAAACAACCAGCCUGAUGUAUGAGAUGUUGGACAUCAGCUUGGAGGACUACAUGAAUACGCUGAGACAACCAGCACGACUGGAGGACGUCAGGACCAUUAUUCAACAGAUGGCCGUAGCUUUCGAGGCAUUGAAGAGUGUCGGUGUGAUCCACGGGGACCUGAAGUUAGACAACAUCAUGAUGGUGGAUCACAUGAGACAACCCUUCAGAGUUAAACUGAUAGACUUUGGUUUAGCCAUGUUCAGGUGGAACGCGAUGCCAGGAAAGACUCUCCAGAUACUAGAUUACAGAGCACCAGAAAUCUUACUGGGGCUGCCAUUUUCAGAGGCCAUCGACAUCUGGUCACUGGGCUGUGUAAUGGCUAAUCUGGUGCUUUGUGAUGUGCUCUUUCCAGCGAGCAAUGAAUAUGAUGUACUCAGAAUCAUCACUGAUCUCCUGGGUCCACCACCGGAUCAUCUACUUAAAAUUGGGAGGAACACGCGUAUAUUUUAUAAGAGAAUAGACGGCCAGUGGCAGCUGAAGACCCCUGGGGAGUACUACCAGGUGUGGGGCCUGGAUAACAAUUUAGCAGACAGCUGGACGAGCACGGUCUCCUCCUUGGACCAAACAAAAACAAUGCGUCUGGAGAGAGACAACCCAAGAGAGGAAGAUGAGAGGAGGGAGUGUGUUGAGCUGCUGAAGGCGAUGCUCCAGUGGGAUGAAAAGGACAGGAUCACCCCUAGUGGGAUCCUCAAACAUCCUUUCAUUACCAAAAGCUACUUAAACAACACCUCCACCCUCAGUGGGCCCAGCAGUAGCAAUCAACCUGAAGCCACCACCAGCCAGAGUCAGAUGGACGUAGGGACUCAAACUGAAGACAAUAUAAGUGAGGCUCUGCCACCAGGAGUCAUCUUGGUUCAGCCUGCAGACCCCGAGAACAGGAUCCACUUGGGAGAUGAGGCUGAUGAGGACUCUGACCUGAGCAGCCACGAGGCUCUGCCACCAGGAGUCAUCUUGGUUCAGGCUGCAGACCCCGAGAACAGGAUCCACUUGGAAGAUGAGGCUGAUGAGGUCCCUGACCUGAGUCCACUUCCUACACCAGCUCCUGCUUGGACCGAUGACUCCACCAGCAACCCUGCAGACACAGACCUCCAGACCGUCACCUUAGAUGACAGCAAAGUCCCAAAGAAGAAGAAGAAAAAGAAGAACUGCUUCAGACGCUUCUUCUCUUGGGUGAAGAGGACCUUCAGCAGCAGGGUUGGCCCCAUGGAGUGA